CGCCGGCAGAAUGAGGAGGAAUUGAUCACAAUUACAGUAGAUGAGUCUUUGAAGUAUGGUUUGAUCUGAUUUCUGGGUGGAGAGUCGGAACUACUGACUAAAACGCCACCGUAUCAGAGUUUAAACUAAACACGAUCGCAGCAAACUUUAGGGUUGUACGAAUUUAUUCAUACUGAGAAUAUUGCCUUUUGAUUGAUAAUACGAAUGGAAGGGGCAAGUAACGGAGGUAUGUUGUACCACGAGGUACAAGAGUCCAAGCUGUGCGCUGUACAUUGCGUCAACACGGUGUUACAGGGUCCCUUUUUCUCCGAAAUUGAUUUAGCAGCUCUGGCGUCGGAUCUCGAUCGUAAGGAGCGACAGAUGAUGCUUGAAGGCGGCGUUUCCGCUUACUCCGGUGAUUUACUCACGGAGGAGUCUCAUAACGUCUCUCUCGACGGCGAUUUCAGUAUUCAGGUUUUACAAAAGGCAUUAGAGGUGUGGGAUCUGCAGGUCAUUCCUCUUAACUGCCCCAUCGCUGAGCCAGCCCAGAUUGAUCCUGAGCAAGAAAAUGCCUUCAUUUGCCAUUUGCAUGACCAUUGGUUCUGUAUCCGGAAAGUGAAUGGAGAGUGGUAUAAUUUUGACAGUCUUUAUGCAGCCCCAGAGCACCUUUCUAAGUUUUACCUCUCAGCCUCUUUGGAUUCUUUGAAAGGCUUUGGCUGGAGCAUUUUCCUGGUUAGGGGAAGUUUCCCAAAGGAGUGCCCUAUUUCAUCCUCAGAAACCUCUAUUGGUUACGGCCAAUGGCUCUUGCCUGAGGAUGCUGAGAGGAUUACUAAAUCUUGCAACACAAGGGAGGAAUCCAAGAGAAUGAAGCUGACUGAAGAGCAAUCUGAUCCAUUACUUUCUUUUGGGGAGGCUGGUGCAAUUUCUCAGAAUGAAGAUGAGGACCUUAAGGCUGCAAUAGCUGCCAGCCUCUUGGAUUCUUCCCCAGCAAUGGCUAGUGUUGAAACUUGUGCUCCAAAAAUUGAAAAUCAAGAUAGCAAAGGAAAAACUGCACGAGAGGAAUAAUUUUGUAAACUUUUUGUUACCGUUCAAGUAUGAUGAUCAAAUAUCAGGUUAGAUGUCGAUUCGCCUCCUUAACAUGAAUCCUUGUGUUUGUGUAGUAUAUACAUUCACUAUACCUUGUCCAAUUCAAAUAACAUUAUCAAAGCGGUAUCAAGAAAUGACAUUUUAGCUUUCAGUA